AUGGCGGAGCGCGGGAGGAAGCGGCCGUGCGGACCGGGUGAACACGGACAAAGGGUUGAGUGGCGAAAAUGGAAACAACAGAAGAAAGAGGAGAAAAAGAAAUGGAAGGACCUCAAGGUGACCAAAAAGCUGGAGCGGCAGCGAGCACAGGAGGAGCAGGCCAAGCGCCAGAAGGAGGAAGAGGAGGCAGCUGCCCAGAGGAAGGACCUAGGACGGCCCUACACCCUGAGCGUGGCCCUGCCUGGCUCCAUCCUGGACAACGCCCAGUCGCCCGAGCUCCGCACUUACCUCGCUGGCCAGAUCGCCAGGGCCUGCACAAUCUUCUGUGUGGACGAGAUCGUGGUAUUCGAUGAAGAAGGCCAGGAAGCCAAGUCUGUGGAGGGUGAAUUCAGAGGCGUUGGCAAGAAAGGGCAGGCAUGUGUGCAGCUGGCCCGCAUCCUGCAGUACCUGGAGUGUCCACAGUACCUGAGAAAGGCAUUCUUCCCCAAGCACCAGGACCUCCAGUUUGCAGGCCUCCUGAACCCCCUGGACAGCCCUCACCAUGUGCGGCAGGAUGAGGACACCGAGUUCCGCGAGGGCGUCGUGGUAGACCAGCCCACCCGGGCAGGCCACGGCUCCUUUGUUAACUGUGGCAUGAAGAAGGAGGUGAAGAUCGACAAGAACUUGGAGCCUGGACUCCGGGUGACUGUGAGACUGAACCCAACGCAGCUUCCAGAAUGCAAGACCUACCGGGGCACGGUUGUAUCAUCGCAGGAGCCUCGAACCAGAGCCGGGCUCUACUGGGGCUACACUGUCCGCCUGGCCUCCUGCCUCAGUGCUGUGUUUGCUGAGGCCCCCUUCAAGGAUGGGUACGACCUGACCAUUGGGACAUCCGAGCGUGGCUCAGACGUGGCCUCCGCCCAGCUGCCCAGCUUUCAGCAUGCACUUGUGGUGUUUGGAGGCCUCCAAGGGCUGGAAGCUGGUGUGGAUGCUGACCCCAACCUGGAGGUGUCCGAGCCCAGUGUGCUCUUUGACCUGUACGUCAACACAUGCCCAGGCCAGGAUGAGGAAACCAAGACAUAA